AAAAAAACGGAGCGCUAUCACGGGGCAAGUUCCACUUUUAUGAGGUUUUCGCUUGUUCAUUCCAAGAGCGCAUUUUUCUACCGAAAUUCAAGGAGGGAAACAGCCAUGACAGUGACACGUUCGCAGGUGCUAAAGCUCUACCGCUCGUCGUUGCAGGCAGCGCAGCAGUUCGAGACAUACAACUUCCGCAAGUACUUUUACCGGCGUACGCGCGAUCGGUUCCGCGCCAGCAGCACUUUGACGGAGGAGCCGGCGAUUGCGCAGGCGGUGGCAGAGGCGCGGCAGGAGCUGACAGUGAUGCAGAGGCAGGGUCUGGUCAACAAGAUGUUCUCGCACAACCGCGUGGUGAUCGAGUCGGACCCAAAGUAUGCGUCGGGAACCCGGCGGUUUGCAGACUAGGUUUGAGUAAUAGUGUUGAGGGAAUACAUGUAGUAGGCGAUGGCAGUGGCGAGUAGUGUGAGGC